AUGAUUGAUUACACACUGACACAGGGGGACAGUCCGGCACCGGAGCGGCGCUGCGCCGGCGACGAGCCGGACGACAUGCCACCGGACCCCCCGCCCGCCACCACCCCCAACGACGCCACCACCCCGCCGGCGGGCAAGGGCCGGGCGGUGGUGGUGUCGCUGACGCCGGCGCGGCAGCGCGAGACGUGGGCCAAGAAGGCGGAGUUCCUGCUCGCCGUCGUGGGCUUCGCCGUCGACCUCGGCAACGUCUGGCGCUUCCCUUACAUCUGCUACCAGAACGGAGGAGGUGCGUUCCUGAUCCCGUACUGCGUGAUGCUGCUGUUUGGGGGGUUGCCGCUGUUCUUCAUGGAGCUGGCGCUGGGGCAGUACCACCGCUGCGGCUGCCUCACGCUCUGGAAGCGCAUCUGCCCCGCCCUCAAAGGAGUCGGUUACGCGAUCUGCAUGAUCGACAUCUACAUGGGCAUGUACUACAACACCAUCAUCGGCUGGGCGGUGUACUACCUGGUGGCCUCCCUGGCCUCCAUCAACUCCGAGCUGCCCUGGACCAGCUGCGACAACCCCUGGAACACCCCGCUCUGCUCCCCCGUCACCGCGCAGCAAACUAACCCCAAUGCCUCCACCCCCGCCAAAGAGUUCUUUGAACGCAACGUGUUGGAGCAGCAGCGGUCCAACGGGCUGGACGACAUGGGCCCCAUCAAGCCGUCGCUAGCACUCUGCGUGUUCGGGGUCUUCGUGCUCGUCUACUUCUCGCUUUGGAAAGGCGUGCGCAGUGCCGGCAAGGUGGUGUGGGUGACAGCGCUGGCUCCGUACGUGGUCCUACUGAUCUUACUGGCGCGGGGAGUUACCCUGCCCGGCGCCACCGAGGGCAUCCGCUACUACCUCACUCCCGAAUGGCACAAGCUUAAAAACUCUAAGGUGUGGAUCGACGCGGCAUCGCAGAUCUUCUUUUCUCUGGGUCCGGGGUUCGGCACGCUGCUCGCGCUGUCUUCUUACAACAAGUUCAACAACAACUGCUACCGCGACGCGCUCGUCACCUCCUCCAUCAACUGCCUGACUAGUUUCCUUGCUGGUUUUGUCAUCUUUUCCGUCCUAGGGUACAUGGCGCACGUGCAGAACAAGAGCAUCGAGGAGGUGGGCCUGGAAGGCCCGGGGCUGGUGUUCAUCGUGUACCCCGAGGCCAUCGCCACCAUGACGGGCUCCGUCUUCUGGGCCAUCAUCUUCUUCCUCAUGCUCAUCACGCUGGGCCUGGACAGCACCUUCGGAGGUCUGGAGGCGGUAACGACGGCCCUCUGCGACGAGUACCCGCGCGCGCUGGGCCGUCACCGAGAGAUAUUUGUCGCUGUGCUAUUAUGCCUCAUCUACAUCUGCGCGUUACCCACCUGCACCUUUGGCGGCGUGUACCUGGUGGACCUGCUGAACGUGUACGGGCCGGGGCUGGCCAUCCUGUUCGUGGUGUUCGCGGAGGCGGCCGGCGUCUGCUGGGUGUACGGCGUGGGCCGCUUCUCGCAGGACGUCAAGACCAUGCUGGGACAUGAGCCGGGCUGGUUCUGGCGCGCCUGCUGGUCCUACAUCAGUCCCGUGUUCCUGCUGGUGCUGUUCGUGUUCUCGCUGCUGGCGCACGAGGAGAUGCUGGGCGGCGAGUACACGUACCCCGCCUGGUCCAUCCAGGUCGGCUGGCUGCUGACAGGGACCACCGUCUCCGCCAUCCCGGUCUACAUCAUCUACAAGUUCCUCAUCACACCAGGGAACUUCUACAACCGCGUCAAGACUAUCAUGAACCCGGAGGUGACGACGAUACCUCCAGCGGACGCGACGCUUUGCAGCCUGUGACGGGACCCGGCGCCGCCGCUUUACGCCAAGCCGCCCACCGAGUGGCUGGUGUGAGCCCCACAAACAAUAUCUUCUGGUUAGAUAAACGUGGCAGAUGGUACCCGACGAUAUUCACCUACCUUGUUAUGCAACAAAUUUUCCAUUAAAUAUGUGCAGGCGGAUCAAAGUAGGUAGGUAUAGUUAUAGUAUUAUGCUUCCUCGAAGUAUUAACCAGACCUCGAUAGAUUCCAGACCUAAUAUUCCCUUCCGCUAUCUUUGCUCUGACAUGAAUUUUUUUUUUUCACUUAUGUCGGUUGAUGGGACACCGAUUGUUGUCAUGAUCUGAAAUCGAUUGGGGUUAUCUAAUGGCGGUUAUCCAAUUCCCCUAUAAUUUUAUAAUUAAUUUAUACUCUAUUUACAAUAGGCCAUUACUAGCACUAGUCAACAUUUUAUUAAUCUCAUUUCAAUUUGGUUCGACUAAAUAUACAGUAGACCAACGAAAACAAAUCUUAUAGUGGGAUACUGAUCUGGUUAAUUAUUUACAUAGCGAUGUUAUAGCGUUGUGUUUAUAAGCUUAAUGAUUUAAGGCUUUAUCUGUAGUUUUAAAAUACACAUAAUGUUAACGAUUUUUAGCUACUCAUUGUAACGAACCAAAGAUAAUAUUUAAAUAAUAACUUUGUAAAAAUUUACUGCUUCUUAUAGAGAAAGUCGAAUUUAAGGAAAGUCAAACAUUGAUUGUAGCUGUAGGUGUAGGCAAGGUAAUCUGAGAUUUGAUGUUGUUUACCUCCGCUUCCGGAUACUUGUUGACACAACGGAAUAAGAUAAGGAAUUAUUAUUUUAUAUACAUUUUACUCAUCUCACGAGACGCCUGUAAAUAAGUAGUAGGUACGUGUUUUAAAAACAUACUCGAGAUACAUAUAUAAAUGUCAUAAGUCAUAGUCGUGUAAUAAUCUUUCUCAAAGUUAUAUUAUGUAUUAUGCAAGAAAAAUGUAUGACAUUUGAUAUAUUUACUAGAUCUAGGCGUAUAAAGUGUAUGUUGUGUAAAUAUGAUAUUAUGCUGGGAAGACUAUAACUGAAUUGUGCAAUACUAUUACUUCUUUGAAGUAUACUUUACGCGACAUAUUAUAAGCAAACCCCUUGUACAUAUUAAUGUAGGAAAUAUAAUUUCAAAUAGGUAUUGUACGUGCAUUUCUGUAUUCUCGGGCAAUGAAUACGGAGAUGCCGUUGCGUUAGUACAAAUAUUGGAUGUGUGUGUAUAUGUAUAGUACAUCUAUGUCAUAUAUGUGUAAUAAAAUAAUGACAACAAGUGUAAUGGGAUCACAUACUUAGCUUAGUAAAGUCUAGUCAACAUAGUCGUGUGCCGGACAACGUGUAAGAUUCUAGUAAUAUAAUUAAUAAUUAUCUAAUAAGUUUUAAAUAAACCAGAAUAAUUAAAUAGAACUAUAGCAACAUUAAAUUAUUAUUAAUAAUAUAAUUCCUUAUAAUAGGAUUAAUAAAGUUAAAAAUUAAAAAGUAGCGCUCAAAAGCUUCUUAUGUUUGAUAUUAUAACGUAUAUCACGAAAAAUACAUACUCACAAAAUAUUAUCGAAAUGAUAACGUAGAUAACUCUUACUAGCCUAAUGAACACUUAGGCAACAUAUUUGAACUUGAUCGAACCUCUCUGUUUGCUAGGUGAAUCGUUCCAUUUUCAUACAUAUAUCAUGUAAACAUUAAGCAUUUCUCUUACAUUUCAAGUACUUCUUAAUAUCGGUAGAGUUGUGAUUUCAUAUAUGUAUAUUUAAAUAAAUAAAUAUUAUAUAUAAUAUCGAUGACGUAGCGUGUUCACAAGUAAUAACAAAUAUACAUACGUAGCUUAAAUAACUUGUAGCUAUAUGUCUAAGUGUUUUUAUAAAAAAAAAUGAAAAUGUUCAUAUACCCACAGAGUAUAUUUUGAAGAUGAUUUGUAUGUUCUGUUAUAAGUGUUCGGAUAUAAGUAAGUAGGUAGUGGUGUGUUCAUAGUUCGUGUCGUGAUCGUGUCGUUGUCGUGUCGU